CAAUAGUGGGUUCCAAAGACAGCCAUCGCCGCUCCGAAACCCUUCACAGGGGACACGAGAGGCGAAGACCUCGACACAUGGUUGAGGUCAAUGCCAGUCUAUGUCAGGUGUAAACUUACCUUGCCGCACGAAGACGUGUUUGUGGCUGCUUCCUACCUAGAGGGUAGUGCAGCAAGAUGGUUGAGUGGUUUAGUGCAGCUCCAGGGGUAUGGUCAUGACUUCCGCGCUUGGGCAGCCUCCCAAAAAUUGGAGGACUUCCUGAAGAUGGUGGAAGAGAGGUGGCAUGAUCCUCAGGAGGCCCAAAGGGCCACUGAUGCGAUCCUGACACUGCACAUGCGGCAGUUCAAGUCAGUAAGGGAAGCCACCGAAGUUGUUGAGCAUUUGAUCUGUGUCCCAGGGGUGCGCUAUGACCCCCAGGUCCUGCUUACCUCGUACUUGAGAUGCUUUUCUCGGCCUCUCAGGAACCAGUUGGCAAGACAGGCCAACAUCAAUAUGCACAACUUUCCUUCGUUCAGCAAGAUGGCCCUAGACCUUGAAGCUAAGAUAGGGCAUGGACAGGCACCCAGUACGGAUGGGAGGAAGAAGACACUGCCUCCUAACUGGAAGGCGAAGGGUCGCUUAAUGUUUGUCGAUAAUGAUGGUUCCACUAUCGAAGUAGACGAACACUUCCACGAGGGACUAGGUUCAGAGGGGGGCAGCGUAGAAACUUCAGAGGGUGGAGUAGUCGUUGUCGUUGCUCAGAAAGGUAAGGCGACCGGUAGACGCCGCGGAGGCUCCCGGUCCAGGAGUCAAGUUGACCCCAACGCUCCUCCAUGGGAGAAAGCGGGUAUCACUGAGGACGUGUGGAGAGACCAGUACUCACGGCAGGCCUGUAUUCGUUGUGGUCAAUACGGCCAUAGUCAGUACAAGUGUCGCAAUAAGAAGUGCUCCGGAAAACACGUCGGGCCAGUAGGCAUAGUAGGUGUUUAUGCUAGGGUCGAGGUGGUGGAGACACCCUCACCAUCUCAAGAGAUGGCCCAAGCUACUGACUUCAGCAUCGUCCCACAAACACGUUCAGACCCAUCGAGCCUUUGUUCGAUGAAUGUGUUUGAGUACUUAGAGGAGCUAGAGGUGGAGUGGUCUAGAUCAGACCCACUAGCUUCUUGGACGGCCCUAGUCAAAGCCCCUAAGGGUGAGAUGUUCGUCAGCGAGGUUGUCAUUGGCGGCCGCAAGGCCGGGGCCUAUUAUGACACUUGCUCGACUAGAAACUUUAUCAGUCGCGCGUACGUUGAGAAGCUGCGUUUACAGGGGCGAGUGCAGCGCCUGAGUCGACCUGUGGAGUCGACUUGUGCCAACAAACAGCGCAUGGUAGUCAAUGACUACCUCCAAGAUGUUGAGUGUUGUUUCCCGUACCCGGGAGGGAACUUGAGACAUCGUGUCUCGUUCCUAGUGAGUGACGAGCUCCCAAUGGAUAUGUUACUAGGUAUGUACUACCUCUCUAUGGCACAGCCCCAGUUUGACUGGGACCGAAAAGUGGUCAAACACAAUUUGCCAGGUGGAGGGACCGCCAGAUUACACAAGUUCAAAGCUAGUAGUCUGAUUGAGUCCUAUGGGUGCAUGUGUGCGGCCGCGUUCUACAAUUGUUAUAAGCAAAAUCAGGAGGAGGGUAUGUAUUUAGUCUAUGUCUCUGCUGCAGGCGAGCCGGUGAAAAUGUCACCGGAGAUAGAGGGAGUAGUUGCUAAGUACCCUGAUCUAUUUGAAGAGCCAACAGGGGUUGUUGAGAGGGAGGUCGUCCACGCGAUAGAGAUUAUCCCAGGGUCUAGUAUCCCGAAGGGUAGGAUCUAUCGGAUGUCUCCAGGCGAGCUUGACGAGCUUCGCCGCCAACUCAAGGAACUCGUAGAGAAGGGUUGGAUCCGGCCGAGUGUCUCUCCUUAUGGGUCUCCAGUACUAUUUGUACGUAAGAAGGAGGAGGGUACACUUAGGAUGUGCAUUGACUAUAGGGGCCUCAAUGCCAUCACUGUAAAGAAUAGAGAGCCCCUACCGCGCAUCGAUGAUUUGUUAGAUAGAGUGCAAGGGUGUCGGUACUUCAGUAAGAUAGAUCUGAAGUCCGAGUACGAUCAGAUUGCAAUCCGGCCCAAGGAUCGACACAAAACCGCCUUCCAGACCAGGUACGGUCUGUACGAGUUUGUGGCGAUGCCUUUCGGCCUUUGCAAUGCUCCUGGAACCUUUCAGCACGCUAUGAAUCGGAUAUUCCAUGACUACUUGGAUAAGUUUGUCAUCGUGUACCUCGAUGACAUACGUUUUUUUAGUAAGACUGUCGAGGAGCACGUUGCACAUUUGGACAAAGUCCUCAGUCUCCUGCGACAGCACAAGUUUAAGAUCAACGGAGAGAAGUGCGAGUUUGGCCGCACCCGUGUCUUGUACUUGGGUCAUGAGAUCUCCGCGGAAGGUUUGAAGCUCGAUGACGUGAAGGUGGCCAGCAUUCGUGAUUGGCCACGUCCUCAGUUUGUCACUGAGAUGAGAUCUUUCUUAGGAAUCACAGACUACUAUAGGACUUUCGUUAAGAACUAUAGCACAGUGGCCGCUCCUUUGACUGAUCUGACCCGCCUUGACACCCCAUGGGAGUGGACAGACGAGUGCGAGGCAGCUUUCAGACAUCUGAAGCAUGCGUUGACGCACUACGAGGUCUUGAAACUUCCUGAUCCUGACAAGCCGUUUAUAGUCACCAUGGAUACCAAUCAAUAUGGCAUUGGCGCCGUCCUCGUGCAGCAGGAGGGGCCAAAGUUGAGGCCUGUAGAGUACAUGUCCAAGAAAAUGUCGUCUCAGAAGUUGGCUAAGUCCACCUAUGAGAAGGAACUCUAUGACCCAUUGGAGACACUAUCUCCUUGGGAGAUUCUUCAUCCUCAGGACUGAUCAUCAGACCCUGAGAUGGAUGAGAACCCAGCCUGUACUUUCUGAUGCACUCAAGCGUUGGAUUUAAGUCAUUCAGCAGUAUGACUUUGACCCUCAGUAUCUGAAAGGGGAGUACAACAAGGUUGCGGAUGCCUUGUCGCGUAGACCUGAUUUCUCAGGUGGACUGGGAUGAGAAGCUUGCACUCAUCGCCAGUCCGUAUAACAAUGCGGUACACAGCGCCACCAGGGUGAGCCCGAACGGUUUGCUACUGACUUUCAAGCCUAGACUACUCUUGGACUUUCUCCUUCCUGAGAAUCAGUCAGCAGCUGCACCAGGUACCUUAGAAUUUGCUUACCGCUAUGAACAAAAGAUGCAGCAGGCUGUAGAACAAAUGCAAAAGGCGCAG